UAUUCUUCACCUUGUAAAAUACUUAUAGCAAGGUUUGGGCACUUCUCUCUCUCUCUCUCUCUCUCUCUCUGAUGUGAUAGACGACACGGCAAGGCAAGUUCCAAUCUUUUUUGGUGGAUUCGAUUUAUUUCCCCAAUUUAUUGAGGCUCAUCUUUUAUUUUCUUCCUUUCUCGUUGCGGUUUUUCUCUUUUUUUGGGUAUAUUUUUGGUCCAUUGAAUCAAAAAUUCGAUCUUUGUUCCAGUUUCCGGGUCCAUUUUGGUGUCAAUUUUGUCCUUUUUCCCUUUUUUUUUGGUUUUUUUUGAGUUGCUUGACGUGGGUUUCAAUUAUUGGUGCAAAGUAUUGAAAUCAGCAGUUAGGUUUUUGCUUGUUCUUCUUUUUUUUUUUUUUUUGUAAUUUGGGAUCAUGAAAUGGGAUGUUGGGCUUCAACCUGUUGCUUCAAAUCAUUAUUUUGUUCUCAUUUUCCUAGUUUCUUAAAAUUUGGAGACACCCAACAUGAUUCUAAGAGCACAAAUCCAGCAUCUGCUGUGUUAGAUGAGGAACCACCCGAUCAAAAGAUUGAUGUUGUUUUAGUUGAGAAUGGUUUAAAAGAUGAGGUCUUGUUGAAGAGCAGUGUAAAGAAGCCAUCUAGUUCUGAUUCAAAUGAAGUAGGAAAGGGGAAUGUGAAGUGGAUGGAUCAUUUGGGGAAAGAACUUGUCGAGAUUCAAGAAUUCGAACCCAGUGAUUCAGAAGAACUAGAGGGCUACAAUGGCGUCAACUCGACCAGCGUGUGUGUUAUACAAUGAGCCCAAAACCCAUAUCCAACAAUUUCUUCGCCGCGAAAGAAGCGAGCAUCGAUCAGCAAUGAGCUCUUUUCUACUGAGGCUUCGAGAUAUCGAGCCGUCUCUAGCGAUACAUCGGUGUUUACAAAAUGUAGCAUAAGCAUAUAAUGUAAGUUACACCUAGCACUCAAUAGUGUUUCACAUCGACAUUACAAAAAUUUCCAUCAAUUCAGUUGCUAAAAUAUCUGACCUUCAA